AUGACGGGACUUUGCCGCCCAUGCAGUCUACGCCAGCUGUUCUUUUGGCUGGCGCUCGGUGCUUCUUUCACCUUGAUGGGUUGCGGGGAGGAUGAGGGUGAUGAUGGCAGGGUGAAUACAGGUGAUAGUGUUACUUCUCAGGUCUCGUGCGCAGAUGGUGACCCUGAUGAGAAUCUGUGUUGCGAGAAGAAUGCCCAGCACAUGGCAUGGAAUGACACUAUCAGCAUGUGGCUGGGCUGCUGCCAGUGGAAUCAUGACUCCAACCAAUGCCAGGGCGGUGGAGCUUGUGUGAACUUCAACGCAGCUACCUUCGCAGAGACGUCCAGCCACGAUUACAGCCAAGUCUGUGAUUCUCACCGUUGGGUCUGCCAGGCCGAGACGGCCGCCGACGUUUGUGACCCGGCCUGGCGUGCUGCAGAGCAAGCUCUGACUGCUGCUAUGACCUGGAGCGCUGCAAUCGGCGACUUCGAAGUAGAUGCUGCCGCGAAAGCCGCAUUCUGCCCUGAGCUUCAGAAGUAUGGCCAAUGUCUAAAAGAUGCUCAGUGCUGUGUGAGUGGUGCACAGGAACAGUAUGAUUGGAUGCCUGGAUCCACCUACAUUGGGAAAUUCAAUGCGGCAUUGACUCUCAGUAAAUGGUGCACCGGCUCCGAUGCCAUUACGAACCCUUGCUCGGACAUGUCCGUUUGCUCGACAGAUGUAGCAGCAAAUUGCGAAAGUGCUUAUGCUACUGCACGGAGCGCAUUUUCGUCGGAUGCUGCCUCCCUUUGCCCCGAGUUUGAGAAGUACAGCCAGUGCUUGACAGAUGCUGGGUGCUGCGGUGAGACAUCACUCUUGUCGUAUAAAAUUGCCCUUGACCAGGUCUUCACAACGGUGACGGGUAGUCUUUGCACGGGCUCCAACGCCGUCACGAACCCGUGCAACCCUGACAUGCGGGUUUGCUCAGUGAGUGCAGCAACAGACUGUGCAAAUGCAUGGGCCGAUGUCUCCCAGAGCAGUCCUACGGAUGCUGCCGCAGCAGCUGCUGCUCUUUGCCCCGAGGCGGAGAAGUACAGCCAAUGUUUAAAGGAUGCUGCUUGCUGCGAUGGUUCUGUGGCAGGUGCAGCAUACAAACAGGCCCUUGAUCUUGUCUUUGACACCGUGGGCAGUCAGUAUUGCACCGGCUCCAAUGCCAUUACGAACCAGUGCACUUGA